UGUUGUGUGCGGGAGUUGUGGAACGCGUGUGAGCGCUACGCCUCGCGCUGUGACCGCCAGCAGCGCUCGUUGCUUUCUGUGUUCUGUCUCGACGUUCCUGAGCGCCACUUGGUGAAUCGUGCGUACGUUAGCUCGUGUUUGGGCUACGGUGGAAAUUCAAGGUGGAUAUACGUAUCUGACGCCGAAGAAUGCAGUGCUCCGCGCGGCUUCUGGAUCAGCUAAGUGUAGAUCCACCGGAUAUUGAGAAUAUCCUUGCGCUCAAUCCACGCGUCAAGCAGACAACGACGAUAACUCCAAGCGCUGACACGAAGCGAAACAAGCAGCACUGGAAGAGGAACAGCGAUAAGAAAUGCAGCAGCUGCAAGCCUCUGGAGAAAAACUUCGAUGACAUCAAGCACACUACGUUGAGCGAGCGUGGUGCACUCAAAGAAGCGGCCAGGUGUUUAAAAUGUGCGGACGCUCCGUGCCAGAAAAGCUGUCCUACGCAGCUCGACAUCAAAGCAUUUAUCAGCAGCAUUGCGACAAAGAACUAUUACGGAGCAGCCAAAGCCAUCUUCUCAGACAAUCCCUUGGGUCUCACCUGCGGCAUGGUUUGCCCGACGAGCGAUCUCUGCGUAGGAGGGUGUAAUCUGUACGCUUCUGAGGAAGGACCCAUCAAUAUAGGAGGCCUCCAGCAGUUCGCUACAGACGUCUUCAAGCAGAUGCGAGUGCCUCAGAUACGGUCUCCCGACCUGCCGCUUCUCCACGAGCUUUCGGCAAGUUACAAGGCUCGAAUUGCUCUCGUGGGAUGCGGUCCAGCCAGCAUGAGCUGCGCCACUUUCCUGGCGCGGCUUGGAUACUCGGACAUCGUUAUCUUUGAGAAGCAGCCUUACUUUGGCGGUCUCAGCUCAGCAGAAAUCCCGCAGUACCGGCUACCUUUUGAUGUCGUUUCCUUUGAACUUGAUCUCGUCAAGGACUUAGGCGUCAAAGUCGAAUUCAACAAGGCACUCGGUCGGGACUUCACUCUCCAAUCUCUUAAGAAGGACUACGACGCAGUCUUUCUUGGCAUAGGCCUGCCGGAUCCAAAAGUCAUCCCCAUAUUCGAAGGCCUAGAUUCAAGCCACGGAUUUUUCACAUCAAAGACAUUUUUGCCGUGCGUAGCAAAGGCUAGCAAACCAGGAAUGUGCCACUGCAAGCAGUCGCUGCCCAGCCUGCACGGGAACGUAAUUGUCCUGGGAGCUGGAGACACGGCAUUUGACUGCGCCACGUCAGCGCUUCGGUGCGGGGCGAGGCGCGUUUUUGUCGUGUUCCGCAAGGGCUUCACAAACAUCCGCGCUGUCCCAGAGGAGAUGGAAUUGGCCAAGGAAGAGAAGUGCGAAUUCCUCCCUUUCAUGUCACCUCGAAACUUGCUCGUCCACGAAGGACGCAUCAGGGGCAUGGAGUUCCUCCGGACGGAGCAAACCGAUGAUGGCAGCUGGAUCGAGGACGAAGAACAAGUCGUCCGACUCAAGGCAAACUUCGUCAUCUCGGCUUUCGGCUCUACUCUCGGAGACAAUUCAGUCGUCGAUGCACUCAGUCCACUCAAGCUGAACAAGUACGGGCUGCCGGAAGUGGACACCAAGACGAUGCAAUCAAGCGAGCCCUGGGUGUUCUGCGGUGGCGACCUAGCUGGGGUCUCCGAGACUACAGUCGAGGCCGUCAACGAUGGAAAGACGGCCUCGUGGCACAUUCACAAAUAUUUGCAAUCGUUGCACAAUCUGCCCGUGCCGUCAACGCCCGAGUUGCCCCGCUUUUACACGCCCAUAGACUUGGUGGAUCUCAGCGUGGAAUUCUGUGGACUAAAGUUCAAGAACCCCUUCGGCCUCGCUAGCGCCCCGCCCACCACGACCAGUGCCAUGAUACGACGGGCAUUCAAAGCUGGCUGGGGAUUCGCGCUCACCAAGACAUUCGGCCUCGACAAGGACGUGGUGACCAAUGUCUCGCCUCGCAUCAUACGAGGAUCGACAUUCGGCCACACGUACGGACCGGGCAUGGGCUCCUUCCUCAACAUCGAGCUGAUCAGCGAGAAGACGUCGGCAUACUGGUGCGGCAGCAUAGCCGAGCUGAAGAAGGAUUUUCCUGAUCACAUCGUGAUAGCCAGCAUUAUGUGCACAUACAACGAGGAGGACUGGACAGAACUCGCACAACAAGCGGAGAGAGCAGGCGCCGAUGCACUUGAGCUGAACCUCUCUUGCCCGCAUGGGAUGGGCGAGAGAGGAAUGGGACUGGCUUGCGGCCAGGAUCCGGAGCUGGUUCGGAACAUUUGCCUCUGGGUACGCAAAGCUGUGAAGAUUCCAUUCUUCGCCAAACUUACACCAAACGUGACCAAUGUCGUCACAAUUGCCAAGGCAGCCUAUGAAGGCAAGGCUGACGGCGUCACGGCAGUCAACACGGUGUCCGGUCUGAUGGGCCUCAAGUACAACAGCGACCCGUGGCCAGGCGUCGGCAUCGAGAAGCGUACCACGUACGGCGGCAUGUCUGGCAACGCUAUCCGGCCUAUUGCACUGCGAGCCGUGUCCGCCAUCGCCCGGGCUCUACCGGGCUUUCCGAUCCUCGCCACUGGUGGCAUAGACUCAGCAGAGGCCGGAUACCAGUUCCUCCAGGCUGGAGCGUCAGUACUGCAAGUGUGCAGUUCAAUACAGAACCAGGACUUUACGGUGAUCGAAGACUACCUGACGGGACUCAGGGCCGCGCUGUACGUGAAGAACCUCGAAGGAAUGGAGAACUGGGACGGUCAGUCACCUCCGGUGCAGCCCCAUCAGAAAGGAAAGCCAGUAGUCAAGCCAGCCGCAUUGGGAAGCAAG